AUGGAUUUGUCAAAUAAAGAUAAUAUGAAUGGAAAACAUAGGCAGAAUAAACGCAGUGACCAAGAGUCUUCAGAUGAAUACAACGUUUCAUUUUCAUUUAACAUUGACUUAGAUGUUAUUCAUAAUGAUGUAUCUUCUGACUCUGAGACAGCAGAGUUACAAAUAGAUGUGUCUGAAGUUGAUAAUUAUGAGAUACCAAACAAACUCAAGAGGGAUACAAUUGAUGAACCUUCUGUUAUCAAUGAAAUGGAAGAAGAAAUUGAAAGGCAGUUAGAUGCAAAAGCUGCAAAGACUAAUUUGACUGCUACAAACGUGAAAAAUAUUUUGAAACAUGUUAUCACUAAUGAACAUGUAAUGGCUAUGGUUAAAAAAAAGUUGCAAAAUACAGAUGAUGAUAUUAUGUUUGUGCCAAAACUUACGCGAGCUAAAGCCAAAGAAUUGGCAAUGUCACAGCCAAAUAUACCAUGGCCUAUUACACCAGCUAAGAAGACAAAUAUAUCAGAGGUGCAAGUUUUAAUUGAAAAAGAAUUAUCUGAAGAUUCAUCAGAUGAGGAAUAUAAACCUGAUCAGGAUCAGCAAAGCGACGAUGAAAGAGAAACUGAAAAUUCGAUUGGUAGUGAUUUGGAUUCUCAACCAGCUACACCAGCUGCUCAUGUACAUUUAUCUCCUACACCAGAAGAAUUGAAAACACUUGACAUCCAAUAUGAUUCUGAUGGAAUUUUUAAGAUCCCUGGAGUUCCUCAUGUUCCUACAGAAGAAGAAAGUAUUGGUCAGAGAACUCGAUCCAAACUCUGUUUAAGUGAAACUCCAUUAGAACAAAUUGAACAAGCAUUUGUUCCACCUGACAUUACAACAGAUAUGUAUGAUUGGGACUGUGAGAUCGAUGAAGAUUGGGAUAAUUUCCUCAAAGAAUUCACUCAACCACUUACACAAGAACCUAUAGUUGAAGACGAUCCUGAGGCAGACCCUGAGUACAAUAUUUUGGAUGAUGAAGAAUCUGAUUUACUGGAUAAAGAGGAGCUUCGAAUUGACAAAGCUGUAAAAGUUACCCGAAAAGAAUUGAAUAAUUUAGUGGCUGAACUAUUUGAAUUUGCGGAUAUGUUCUCAAAAAAGGAACAGGAUGUACCAAAAAAGAAGAAAUUGAAUGAUUGUUCUAGUACUUCAGUGGGAAAUAUUGCAUCAGAUGUGUCAAUGACAGAACUUCUGCCUACUGUACCAGAGUCGGAAUUACCAAAGUUAGUGAAUACCGAACAGCGUCAUUUACUAGCUAUACAAUUUCAACAACAUGUUCAAUUUAUGGCACAGCAUUUUGUUAUGACAUAUAUGCAUCCUGAUUUAGAUGCUCAUGCGAAAACAUGUAAAGAUAACUUGAACAGUAUUAGAUAUUUAGGUAACGGACCCAACUCUGCGUUUAACGUGAGAAACUUAUCAGAAGCUCUAAAGCUGGUUUCAGAUUGGGAAGCAAAAUUCAUAGAUCACAAAUUCAAAGAGGAGUAUACAACUAUGGUGAUAGAAGAGUCUGCAUUAACACAAAUAAGUUUGGAAAAUAGCCGCAAAUAUGUUCCAAAGUUUCAUCCAGAAUUGAAAAAACUAUUUGUCGAAUCUAAAGCACUAAUGCAUCCGCAGUUAUUACCUCAUAUCCCUUUUAGAAAGGAGCAUAAGAUACGUUUAAAAUCAUUAUAUGUCAAGCCAGAAGAAAGCUUAAUUGCAUUAGGUUUGGAACAGUUCAUGCCGCUGGUAUCCUCUAAAACUAGCAAAUUUAAAAACAAAAAAUUUGAUCUUAUCGAUUCAAUAUGGCUUAUUAUCGAGUAUCUGUUACCAGGAAGACAGUUAGAUUCCCUAAAUAAUUAUAUUAAGAAAAAACGUCAAAAUUCCCAAUCAAAUCCUAUUAAGCAUUAUUUUUUAUUAGGGGCUGCUCCUAGAACGAUACAUUACAUUAUGAUAGAUUGCGAUUUGAAAGCACCUAAAGAACAAUCGAUUAGUCUAUUACCAACGCCAUGGCAAAACUAUCUUAAUGGAGUAGAACAACCAGAACUUUAUACACCGUCCAGACGGAAACAAUUAUUGGAUACUUAUUUUGGGGUUAUUGCAAAGGAGAAGAAUAAUUUGAUUGAACCGAUCGAUAAUCACAUUUCUAUUGAUCAAAAUUUGCGUAAUGUCGUCGUAAACAUGUUACCAAAUAUGCCACCUCUUAACACCGCUCCUAAACCUAAAUCUCAAACCAAAAAGAAUACAGCUAGCGCAUCCAGAUCUACUGAAAAUGAUCAAUCAAACCCAAACGUUGAGGAUCCAGCGUUGAAUUUAAACAUAGAUCAGCAUGUAACAAGUACAGAGUCUGCGUCUUGUACUCACAGUUUACAAAAACUGAAUUUGUCAAGGACUGCAGGAAAAAUGAUGAUGCCUAACGAACUGCAUAGUAUAAAGAAUGUUGAUGCUUCCUCAGAUAACAGCUCACUUUGCAGUUCUAAGAAGCUUGAGGAAACUAGUGAUAACAGUAGAUCACCAGGAUUAAGAAAGACUACUCCUCGCCUGGCGAAGAUUCGCAGUGCGCAAAAUAUGAAGUUGAUGGCUCAGGUCUUAGGAUCAAAGAAUUUGUCUAUGAACUGUGGUGGAAUAAAAGCUAAAGGAAAAGGUGACUCGCAGAAGAUCCUGGAGCAGCCAUCUACAUCGGCAAAAGGAGAUAACGAAGAUGAGAUUGCAGAAUUGAUGUUAGCAAGUACAACAAUAAAGAAAGAUACAACUAGUAGGAAAAGAGCUAAACAAGCUCGAGAAUUGGAAAAUAUAAAAAGAUUAUGCGAAGCGGAUAAUGAUUUGAGUCAUGAAGAAAGAGCGACAAAAUUUGCAGCAUCCUAUCUUCAAAAAUUACAUAUGACACUAGAAGCCAGUAAUCCAGAAACUUUUAAGGCAGUGAUUAAAUCCUAUUUAGAAUAUAAUGAAAAAAUUGAAAACCUUUCCCAAUUGGAGACCGAUGAAAUGUCUCAAGUAGGAUCUAAAAAUUCUCAAUGCAGUAACUUCUCGAGUGAUGACAAGAGAACUACUGCGCUAUCAUUACAUGACGGUAAAGAAACUGCAGAAGGAACCAUGAAUACAAAGGACAUGCUAGCCAUUAACCUCUACAAAGAUGUUUGCGAGAAGCUUCAAGAUUACCCGGAAAUGUGUACGGAUUUUCUACUUUUUUUGAAGCCCCAUCAAGCUGCCAUGAUUGGAAAGUCCGUUGAGCAUACGAUGCUACAGAAAAUGAGGGAAUUUAUAAAUGUAGCACAAACAUAUUUUGCAAAACAACCAUCAAGACUUUCAAAAGUCAUGCAAGCUAUUACACAAUUAGCUUCGGAUCCCUAUGUAACCCUAAAAAAAGCCCAUGCAAUUAUGGGCCCUGUGCUUAAGGGUCAUUCACUUGUUAUGGAUAUGUUUCUGCAAGUACUACCAAGCGGAAAACCACCAGAAAGUUUAUUUGCACCAGACAUGUUUGAGAAUUUAACAUGUCCACUGGGUCCCCAUGACAAAACCAAAGUAUAUUCUGAAGAUGCUCCUGAAUUAUAUGAAAACAUAGAAAUACCUAUAUCAAUAUCUCAGGAAGAACGGUACGGGGGUGAAAAUUGUAAAUGUGAAUGUCAUAACUUGGACGACCCCAAUCUUAAGGCUAGAAGUGAACAUUGCGCGUCUUGCGGUACAAGGUUUCUCAAUGGAAGAAUAUAUCUCCAAACGUCAGAAGGUCUGAGACCAGCAAAAAUUACAUUUCCUGGCACCGACGAGGAGAAGCUUGAAAAUAUAGCACGGAUAUCUUUAAAAGGAAACGAAAGAUUCAUUCCUGUCCCACCGACAAGAAGAAGAAGAAAAUCUUCAAAGAAUGAUCAAGAGGAAUCAAAUCAAAAGCAAUUAUCCUCUAAGGGUUCGCCAACUAAAGAUAGCGAGGACUGCGAUAAAGCAAUAGCCAAAUCGAGAAGAGGUGGGAAGUCACCACCUAAAUCAGCCGACCAAAAGAAGUUUCCGAAAAAUAUAGAAAUGAGAUCGCAAUUUAAGGACUUUUCUUCAACUGCUAAGAAACGGCCAACCUCACCCGCGAAAACAAAGCGCGAAGAAAGGGCUGAGAAACGUGAGGCAAAAUCUGAGAUGAAUAAUUGGUUAAACAUUGAAAAUAAAGAUGCUGGAAAGCAAUUAUCAGACUACAAUGAUUAUUCAGACUCAAUUUCAAAGUGCAAACGUCGCACAAACAGUGUAUCAGAAUAUAAUUCAGGAGUUACAGAUUCUGAGGCACAGGAGAUGGUUAUUGAUCACGAAGAGACUGAGACUAAUAUAAGUCUCGAAAAAAUGGACGUCUCUAGCGAUUCAGAAGGCGAUACAUUAAUACAGGAAGAAAAUAUUGUCAAUGCGAGACCCUGGACAAGACAAGAAGAUAUGAUUCUUUUACAAAGUGUCAAGAAAGAAUAUUCUGAGAAUACGUUUCUCAAUGUCAGUGAAACUUUGGGAGACAGAACUGUUCAGCAGGUAAAGGAGCGAUGUCACGUAUUACUUUCGCUGCUACAAAAGAUGUCAUAAGAAUUUCACACCUUUAGUUUUACGUUUGCUGGUAAGUACAUUCACGAAAAGUGUCUACGUUUUUAUAGUCGGUAAAGAAAAACAUAAC